CAAGUACGGAUGAUAUUUGAGGAGGGAUAGACGAAUAUUGACUUCAGUUAUGGGCACGUAGUAAUGAUUUUCUUCAGUUAUGAAUUUCGCUUGGACGAAUAAUAUAUUCGCAGUUGCUCUACCGAUAUCAUUAAAUUAUGUCAAAUAGUACAAUGUCAUGCAGGACGGCUAUGUGGAAUAGCUAUUAAUAUCUCAAUAUCUCAAAUUAAAUCGUUGUCUGAUUAAAAAUUCGAUAGGGAACAGAAUCAUACGUGAACUUGAAACGGAAUUCAGUUUUGAAGCAGCAUCAGACAAUGGGUUUACAUACGGGAUUUUUUGCUUGCACAAUCGGACUUAUUCUUUCCUUUGCAACAUUUAAUAGUAUCCAUGUCGAUGGUGGUCCAACAGAGAAUGAUAGAUGUGAUUUUAAAGAAAACCCCGAAGGAUGUCAACAUCAAUCAUGCUCAUCUUUACUUCCGUCAUCUUGCGUCAACGGGGAGUGCGUUGAUGGUAUUUGCCACUGUAAUCCGUGCUGGAAUGGCUCAAGGUGUGACAGAUAUGUCAACGAACACGCUCCAAUACUGCAUUCAAUAUCUGAUAGUCCUAUAACUAUACAUCGAAGUCAGCUUACCAAUCCAUCAUGGCGAACAAGCGUGCUUGGUUACGCCUUAGCAACAGAUGAAGAUUAUGACGUUCGAUGCGGUGAUACAAUGAAAUGUACAUGCGCAGACUUUGUUUACUCCGUCCACCAAAGAACAGGGGGAGAGAGUAAUCUCUUCAAGAUGGAUGUUGAUGGGACUCUUCGAUUACGUCACAAGCCCCCGGAUGUAUCAGAUGAAUACCUGCUUACGAUACGGGUUUCUAACCCCAAUGAUACCCGAUAUUCAGAAAAACAUUUCAGACUAUUGGUACCCGAUGUCGACAAUGAGAUAGAUGAUGAUGAGAAUGAAAUUCAUCAUCGAUAUAAAAGAGCAGCAGUCGCUGAUGAGGAUCUAACUGAAGUUACUGAGAAUAACACGAUAGACUUCAAGCUUGCUGCUGUUUCUGAGGAGGCCAAUGAUACCCAGCUUGAGGCUGGAAUCAAAGUAGUCUUCAGUUUGACUAUGGAUAUCCCGAGUGGUACUUACGCAGAGGAUGUUAAGGUAGAACUCUAUGCUGAGGAAGGAAAUUUUACUUUUGGUAUUCUUUGUCCACCAAGCGUAACACACGCAGGAUCUAACAUCAAUUAUGAGAUUGCCACACCCUCAUAUGAUUUCGACGCCGAUAAUCCAUUCAUGGCAACAGCUGCAUACCUUAGUCUUGGUAACGUGACUAACAACAACGCGAGCAUAGCUGAAGGGGCAUCAUCGAUCACGAUAGAGUUUGCAUUGACCGUUCUCAAUGAUACACGUGCUGGGUUCAGUGAUACCGAACUCAGAUGGAUCACUGCUGGUGUAGAGUUCGCCAAUGGAGCGUUAUUAUGGGUGGGCCAAUUGGGUUAUUACCUUCAACCUGCACCGACCAAAGUAUUUAAUCAGAACACGGUAUCCAUCAACCUACCAGCAUCAAACAACAUUAACAAAUUAGACUUUGGUGUCUUCACGCUUUCAAUGAAUAUUUAUGAUAUGAACAGUGACGUCUCUAUUAAGGUUUUCAGUAGCCCAACUACAGAUGGCGUCGCAAGUAUCUGUAAUGUUGGUGUGCGAUCGUACGGUGAUGGAUUUUGCCUUCAGAAUGAGGACGUGAUGACAUCAUACGUCACAGACGAUGUCUACAAAACCAAUAAAGAAGCCACUUUCCCAUUCAACUCUAUUGUCAACGGAGGAACUUUGAAUGAUGCAGCCGAUAGCGAAAUAAUCAUGGAUGUCAUCGUACGGUUACCUAGCAAUGAUCAGGCGAUAGUUGGAAGCACUUACCCAGUCAAUAUAUCUGUUAAUAUUGAUGGUGUGGCAAUACCCGAUUCAACCACAUUCACAGCAGCCGCAGAGAAUAGCUCUGUCGCGGCUGGUGGUACUUUCAAUAUUAACUUUGUGAAUGCCAAAGUAAGCGAAGUAAUAUCAGGUGGAACGUUUCCAGUCCGCAUCAAGAUCGGUAUCCCAUCCGGUAAAUACGACCUGACAUUGGAGUCUACCAUCACCUUACCAGCUGCUUCACCAUCUCCAUCAAUGUGUCGUGUAUUCGUUUACUCUUCCGGUUACAACCUUCCAUGUAUCUCAUCAACGUGCCCAGACUGUUCCAAUGACAUCACAGCAACAAAUGGAUCUGUUACGUCAUCAUUGAAUCUUGGUGUGGUAAGACGUGAGACUCUACGAGUUGAUACGAGUGAAAACAAAGUGUUUUACGAUGUCUGGGUUGGGAUCCCGUCAAGUGUCGGACCUGGUACGGUUGAUGUCGAGUUUACUCUGAAGUCUUCUGGAGUCGUCGUUGGAAGUCCGGAGAGUACAUCGGUUAAUGUUACCACCACCAUUCCUGCUGAUGAGGAUGGAAAAAGUCUGAGCAUGACUUCAGUUCUGACAUGCGGCAAUUCAUGUACUCUAGCAAACGGAGCCGUAGGAAUACUCCGAACCACUGUCACCGUCCCUACUAAAAGCACGUAUACUAAUAUAAGAUUCGAGGUUACAUCCCAGUUGAUUGGUGAUGUCGAUCUCGUAGGAUUAUGUGAUGCAAAGAUCAGUAGCGCAACCACAGAGCUCGGAUGUUUCCCAUACACGACAGACAGUUUAGUGGAAACAAAGACACCAACGGCUGGCUCAUCGUUAAUUGACGAUUCUCUAACAUUUGAAACCGGAAUCGUCUCUAACUUGGACGAGAAUGUCACCGGUGAAUUCGUUGUCGAUAUCGUCUUCCGUCGCCUAAUCCUCGACGCAGCAGACGUAACUGCUGAACGGACUAUCGACCUCGACGUAUACGUCAAUGAUCAAGGGGGUUCUUUACAUACAUUCCAAGCUACUGUUUACGGUACCUCUGAUCUGUCAGCAUGGGACGUUCCAGUGGCGGAAACCCCUGUAUCCAUUGAUCUGUUGGUAUCACCUGUUGGCGGUUCUGUAGCCCCUGGUACCCUAGCGUCUGUUAACAUUACACUCACGUUAGAAGCUGAUACCAGUUAUGAUUACACCGUAGCAGUUGAUGUUAAUCCAAGCACAUUGAACAUCAUAUCAUUAGUAGGUGGUGACUCGGACAUACCAUGUGGUGAUCCAAUCUAUGCGAAUGCGACAUUGACGUCACUUGAUGGUGAACAGACAAAACAGCAAGCAACCCUUGAAUUGGGAGUCAUCAGUGCUUCAUUGACGUCAUCUUCAUUCCUAACACUGAGUUUAUUGGUCCAGCUGAGUGGGGACCGGACCUUAGUCAGUGAUGGAUCCAACCAUCCGAUCACAGUGGAAGUCAAAUCUUAUUCCAAUACAGUCCUAGAUACUGAAGUCAUCAAUAUCGGUGCCGUCUAUUCAGCCUCCACAUCACUGACAGCUGACCUACCGACAUCACACACGGUAUCGUUUGCUACGAUCACAUCACAAGAUAUCGAGAUCGGGAAAGAGUCUGCAUUCACUCAAUCAAUAACACUAAACAACGAUACAACAUUGGGAUAUCGAUUAGAAUUCACAUCAAAUCAGACCUGGUUGGAGUUUACAGAUAUCACAUUAGGAACUAUAAGAGAUAUCGGGGGAUUGUCUGCUCCAGAUUUGAACCCUAAUCCUGCAUUACCAGGGGCAUCAUUUAUAGCUGAUCUUGGCUUCAUCGCUUGUUUGGGUCCGGAUUGUCAGAUUGAGUUUCAGUUGACUGUUAAAGCACGUAAUGAUUCUGGAGCAAUGCAUGGUGAUGUGGUACAGAUGGAUGCUACUCUCAAUGUAUACACAGGAGAUACAGAGUCACAAGAUAUUCAGAAUCUAAUCUUUUAUGCCAUCAAUGCAACUAAAAUCAGGAAUUAUACGAGCACCUUCGACCUGAGCUGUCCUGAUUCUGCUACAACUAUGACACCAGGUGAGAAGGCAUUGUGUAAUAUCACCAUCGAUGUCACUGAUCAGGAUGUUCAAUCGGAGGUUGAAGUGGUUACAACCCUUAACAUCUCCUACGUAGGCUUGGUGGUGAGGAGUUUGGGAGUCACUGAAGCAGGUAGCAACCUUGAGAGCAACAUGGGUCUCCUUCCGUCCUUAGUACCAACCUAUACUAGUCAUGUCAAUGAAAACAGCACACAAAGAGAUCGUGUCAAACUCUCCCUUGGAUUAGUGCAUAACAACGAUAUUGAAAAUGCAGCUGCAAAUGAUCCGGAUCAUCAAAUAGUUAUUGGUAUCGAAAUCCAGUUAACCGAUUCAGAGGAAGUAACCGAUGGCUCUCAACACAUCCUAUCCGCUGGAGUGUCCUUUGAUUCAGCUUAUGUAUGGGUUUCCAAUCUUUAUAUUGAUGCGAGUAGAACCGGAAGUGAGCAGCCAGACCUAUCUGUCACAUUCAACAUGACGGGAGAUAUUUCAAGCCUUGUAGAUGGUGAUACUGUGACGUACAGAAUAGGUUUCAGCCAUUCAGACAUAUCUUCAGCUGAGAUUAAUAAUGUUGAGUUCCUUCUCAUGUUACCGCCAUACAUUAUCUACCAAUCAUUCACUGAAGAUAGUGCUCAUGCUGUGAGUUAUCCAAUCGCUAUUGAUACUUCAGCUGGAUUGACAUUUAAGGUGACAAAGGUAUACUUUACCGACAUCAUCGCAUUCGAUGUGGCAUGUACAAUCAGUUCAAGCUACGCAUACAAAGGUAAAACGAGCUGGAGUGCAAGCUCGCCACUCCAGAUCUCAUACAGUUCGUAUGAUCGAAGUGGUCCUAGCAUCGUUGAUGGUCCCAUAGUCAUCGCAUUUGAAGAGGUUACAUACUCGCUUACAACUUCAUCACCAGUCCCUACUAGUUCCCACCCUGCUGCAGCCUGCGUAUCCCCCACAGACCUUGGGGUGGGUGACAGUGAGAUCGUACAAGACUGUCAGCUACAAGCCUCUUCUGAACCUAACCCAGAGGCAGCUGCUAAACAUGCUCGUCUUAAUGGAAUAGGAUGGAAAAGUGAAGCCCGUGCCGGUGAUCAUCUUUACGAUCGUUUCUUAAAAAUCGAUCUAGGACGCAAGGUUGCAUUGUCUCGUAUAUUAACUCAAGGAGGAGCAAGAGCCGCUAUAGCGGAAGAAGUCGCAUUCGAAGGCGAUAUCAGGAUGUUUGAAGUCCGUUAUAGCACUGAUGAUGUCAUCUACCGAAGAGCACAGGAUAGUGAUGGCAUGUUUCAGUUCAAUCAUUCAGAAAUUUACGAAUCAUCAUCUUCGACGCCUUACUAUGAUCGGAUAUCCGAGCAUCGUCUUCUCGCGCCAGUAGAAGCUCGUUACGUCAUAAUCCAGCUCACUGAAUAUGAUUUCAAUAAUGUGGGUCAUCUUUAUAAUGUACUGAGAACUGAACUACAAGGCUGUGAAAUAGAGCCCAAGCAGACUGACGUUUGUCAAAAGACGCCCAUUUCUUCAGACACUGGUCGUAGUGUGCUAAUCCAUAGUAAUGAUCACGAUGCGUUCAUCUGUGAUACAAAGACUCACAAAGAGAGUGAUCUUCAGAGAGAUUUAGACAGUCAGACUCUUGUUAUUAACAACAAACCACCAAAGACCAUCUGUAUCAUCAAGAGAGCUACUCCUUCACAGCAGUGGUCAGCCUUACCUAACCAAGUACGACAAGUUAUCGGGUACUCUCCGACUACAAACACACUUUACGCAACAGGGCUCGAUUCUUCAGCAAUAUACUACAUCAAGAGCACAGAUGGCGGGUUGUCAUGGAUACCAAUAUCACAUAGUGAGUGGCAGUCAGCCGUUACCAUGUUAACCAUCACUGAGGCAACAGAAGUACCCUUAGACUCUGCAGACAGUCCAAUCUUCAAUUCAUUCCUGUCAGCUGAUCCCAAGCAGUUAGUUCGCUUUGAUGGUAUCUACUCUGACGAGGAAACAGAAACAAAAUGGGUUGGUUGGAAUCAAUGCUGUCAGAAAGAUUGUUACCUUGAAGGAAAUACCAAUUGUUAAUCAAAUCAUAGAAAACUUGUCAUCAAUUUGAAAAAAAUCCUGUGUGUAUUUUCUAUCAAUAUGUAAAAAUGUUCCUCAUAAAUAUUCUGCCAUACAUUGUAGGAUUAAUCAUAACACUUGGUUUCCCAUGGAACACAAAACAUGUCUUGAAUGAUUUACUACAUCCCUAACAAAAGAAUUAUGUUGCAAAUUUGUUAAUUUAUCAACUCUGUGAAUGUUAAAGAAAGAUGGAAUCUAAAAGAUAUUCAUACACAUAUUAUACUUUAAUUAUGGUAUAGGUACUUUGUUUUGUCAUUUAGUUUGAUUUUUGUGGAAGGAAAAUGAGUUGGACUUAUUGCAAUACCAUGCUCAAUUUCUCCCUCUGUACAAGAUUUCUUUUUCAUCUCCAUUAUCUUCAUAAAAUAUAUAUUGGAAGUAGCACUUUUAAGUAUAUUUCUAUAUUUUACCAAAAACUUUCAAAAGAAAAGGUCGUCUCUAGUGGGAGACUAAAAUCUCCCUCCUAAUGGUGAAACUGUACGUAUGUCAUUAUUUUACAGAUAUAUGUAUUAUACUAAGAAACUGAUGAAAAAAAUAAUGUGAUAUGUUUUAUUUUUAGUAUGUAAAUAACUUCAAAUCAGAUUCGGUAUUUGUUUAAAAAGCAGUAGGGAAAUGUACAUAGAUUUCAUUGCAUUGUUACACUGAAGGAACAACUCAAAUGAACUUAUGAAUGUUUAAUAACAAUUUGGCAUGUUUUAUUCAUAACAGUGCUACUGCUAGGCAAAUAAAGUACUUUAUAUAUUCUUGUAUAUACACUUUGAUGAGACUAGAAGCAAACAUAACAUGGUUAGGCUAUAAUAUAAAAAAAACUUAAAUGAACAAAACAUAACAAAGAGUAUGGUGAUUAAAUCAGAUUUUAAAAGUUGUUUAUAAACCAUAGUAGACUUCCAUAUUCCAAUGUCUUUCACUAUACCUCUUUUGAUAAGUCUUUCACAACUAAAUCAUUCUAAAAAAAAUCUGUCUUUUCAGAAAGCCUGUAUCGAACAAACUCGAUUUCAAUCAGCUUGAUUCUUAAAUAAAAAACAUUUAUGAUGUUAGGCAAUGUUCAUCUAUGUAUAGACCUAGUCUAGAUCUGGACGUACUGGCAUCGAUUUCCUUUGCACCUGUUUGAAUACUCAAUGUAGAUCGGUCUGAAGUCCAUUGAUUUAUUCUUUUAAACUUACCUCCAAUCUUUUCCAGUGGAUUUGGUUGAAGAAGUCAGUAAAUAAACUUUGCAAUGAUCUUUAUUGGGCAUACAAACACAAAGGUACCAUAAAAACAAUCAUAUACAGUUGAGGCCAAAAGUUUACAUAGACCCAUGGAAUUCAGUGAAAUUUGUUCUUUGCCAAACAUCGUAAAAUUUACUCUAUCUUCCAAAAUAUAACUACCAUGACGAAUUGGGUGUCAAAUGAAAGAGCAUAUUAAGCUUUUUCACAUGACUGAGAUGCUCUUGGUAUUAAAGUAUAUUUCAGGUGGAAUUUUCUUUGAAGUAAAAAAGUAAUAUUUGUGCCAAAUGUUGUUAUAUUUUCAAAAAUGUUGUUAUGUUUGUUAUAUUUUCAAACAUCGUUUCAUAGAAAUGCAUAAAUGUCAAAUCUAUGAUUUAUGAUUUUCUAUCAUAAUAUGUCACAAAAAAAGGUAAUCUGAAAUGUUUGUGUUGAAAAGUAACUAGCACAAAUAACUUUUUGUCAAGUUUUUAUUUUUAAUUUGUCUAAAAUAUGAAGAUUUUUUGGUAAAAAAUGACAGCUAAAUAUUUUUGAGCUCCUGAUGACAAAGCAAUGUGAUGAAGGAGCAUGACAUACUCAUUUGUUUGAUAUCAAAUUCGUCAUGAUCAGCACAAAUAUUCUAUAAGAUACAGUAAAUUUUAUGUUUAGCAAGUGUCAACUUUUCUUUGAAUUUCCUGGGUGUAUGUAAACUUCUGGCCUCAAUUGUAUGUCCAGAUCUGGAUGAGCAGAGACUCAUAUUUUGCCAUGGAAAUGCAGAGAAUCUCUGUGACAUUCAUAAAACUUGAUGCAACCUCAAAGAUAACAAUUUGAUUCCAAGUAAAACAAAAAUCUCCCAAAGCAUGAGAAUGAAAAAAAAAUCAAAUUCACAACUUGAUCUACCAAGGAUGAUGGUUUAUAAGACAUCAUCUCAUUGGUUUCAAAAUAUUCUUCAUUUCUAGACCUCUUUGAAUUAAGGUAUGAUGAUAAAUGACAAAUAUGAUGAAAAAAGUAUAAUGCAAAGUACAAUAUGAUGUGAAAUUAACUGUUGUGGCAUGAAUGCAAGAUACAAAGUAUUUACUUAUUUCCAUCUUUUCAUUUUUUUUUAAGAUUUGAGAAUAUCACAUUUCCUCCUAACAAAUUACCCUUUUUGAGUAGAAUUGAUGACCGGAAGAACUAAUUCAACUUUAUUCAAAAGGCAUCUUAACAUAUAACAUUCAUUGCUAUAUAUUGAAAUAGAAAAUUGAAUUGAAGUUCUUUUCCAUUACAUUAUUUCUGAUGAUGUAGUUGAACCUAUGAACAUUAAUGAGGCUCAUUGUAUCCAAACAUGAUACAAUAGGAAUAUUAUAAUAAGUAACAUUUAUUCAGUAAUAUAAAAACAUUUGACUCUUUGGUUGAUAAAAACCAACAAGAUAAAAAUCUCAUUCGUACAAAACAUCUAAUACAUGUACAUGUAUAUCUAAUAUUGAACAUAAAGCAAAGUAAAAGAAUUUGUAAUAGGUUGGAUAUCAUAUUACCAUUAUGUUAUUAAUUUCAAUGGUUAUCUAUAUCACAAAUUGAGCUGAAAGUUUUGAUGAUGAUAAAGAUUAUAAUAACACUAAGUAAGAAAUCUACAUUUUAUGUAGAAUAGUGACUAGUAAAGAGUGCCUACUGAUCAAAUAACGUUUGUAGUAAAUAUUAUCUUUUCUAUUCAUUAAUGAUACUAUGUAAGAAAUCUACAUUUUAUGUACAACAGUGACUAGUAAAGAGUGCCUAUGGAUCAAAUAA